UGAGGGAUUUAUGAUAGGCCCUUUCGAUCAUCCUCCUUUCUCCGUAUUCCGUAUCAGUCCCAUCGGUGUCGCCACACGCAAAUACUCGGGGAAAAAGAGGCUGAUCAUUGACCUGUCGUCCCCACACGGCUCCGACAUCCCGAGCAUCAACAGCCUUAUUCCUAGCCCGGAUUUCUCCAUGCAGUACGCCACCAUUGACCACGCCAUGGCACUGAUUCGUCUGGCGGGACAUGGAGCAUGGCUGUCUAAGGCUGAUAUCACUAGCGCAUUCAAGGUCUUGCCCAUUCACCCCGACUUCUGGUGUUAUUUCGGUGUCUGCUGGAAGGGGGCUUACUACUUCUCCGUGCGUCUCACUUUCGGCUGCAAGAGCAGUCCCAAAAUCUUUGACUCUUUAUCCGAGGCUCUAUGCUGGAUCCUCUCCAACAAUUACAGGCUCCCCUACGUCCUUCAUCUCCUUGACGAUUUUCUUGUCGUGACUCCCCCGUCCUCACCUCCUCGCCACGGUCUCACUACACUUACGUCUGCAUUUUCCGACCUCGGUGUCCCUCUGUCCGAAGAAAAAACUUCAGGACCUGGCACAUCCAUCGAGUUUCUGGGCAUCACUCUGGACUCAAUGUCAUUCCAGGCUUCACUGCCCUUGGAGAAAGUGCAGCGCAUCUCGCUGCUCUUGUCUAAUUAUCUCCUGACAGACAGGUGCACCAAACGCCAGCUGCUCGCUCUCCUCGGGCACCUCAAUUACGCCAUCCGCAUAAUUCCACAGGCAAAAUCUUUUCUUUCUCAACUGCUGACCAAAGCUGCAUCCAUUCCCUCUCUCCACGACCACGUGGUUCUGGACGACACUUGUAAAACAGAAAUGCGCAUGUGGCAGCAAUUUCUGUCAUCCUGGAACGGCAUCUCAUUCUUCUAUGACGACUUCAUCACCCAUCCCGAGGACAUUCAACUCUACACGGACGCGGCUCCCUCCGUAGGUUUCGGCGGGUAUUACGGGGGGAGGUGGUUUGCUGCCGCUUGGCCCUCCGAGUUCGAGUCCCUCGACACAGAGUCACGCUCUCCCUCGUCUGCUCUGUACGAGCUGUACCCCGUGAUCAUCGCCACUCUAAUCUGGGGGCAAGAAUGGUCAAAAAAAUGCAUCAAUAUUCACUCUGACAACACAGCAGUAGUAGAUAUAAUCAAUAAAGGCCGUUCCCGUUCCCCAGCCAUCAUGCCAUUCACCCGCAGACUCACUCUCAUCUCCGCUCAGUAUCAAUUCAUCCUCCGCGCGUCUCACAUUCCCGGUCACCACAAUGCCAUCGCUGACUCACUCUCCCGCUUCUCCUUCCAGAAAUUCAGAUGCUUGGCUCCAGACUCGGAUGUCCAUCCCACACCAAUCCCACCGUUUUCAGCGACCAUAUUCAGCUAAAUCCUCAUCUGGCAAAUCUCACUCACAUCACCCAAGAAACCAUCCUUAACAGUUUAGCACCAAGCACGCUAUCUGCCUACCUCACCGGCUGGAAUUCUUUCAAGAAUUACCACGCCACUUAUCACCUACCGUUUCCCUCUCUGGACGCCAUGUCCAUGUGCAACUUCAUCACACACUGUCAUACCGUAACAAAGAUCCGGGCCUCCAGCAUACAAACAUAUCUAGCUGGUAUCAAUUUAUUCCAUAAAUUAUCCACCGGCCUCCCUUGUCAAUCAAUCUCGCACGCUCACGUCACCAUGCUAAUCAAAGGCUUACGAAAGCACGAACCAGCGCUGACAGCCAGACGCCUCCCUCUCACCUCCGAUCUGCUCUGCCGCUGCAUACACACUCUGCGCUCUGGUUACAUCUCUCCCACAGUCGACUUAACUCUGGAAUCAAUGUUUCUACUUGCUUUCUUCGGAUUCCUGAGGUGCUCUGAAUUCGCUCCAACAUCAUCUGUCUACGAUCCUUCCCGUCAUCCCAGUCUAUCCGACAUCACCACCCACACUUCAGACUCGCUCAUAUUCACGCUCCGCAGGAGUAAAACUGAUCAGUUAGGAGCAACCUUUCCCAUCUACAUCUUCCGCCUCAACUCCUUUCUCAGCCCGCACGAGCCACUGACCAGAUACAUCCGCACCCGGUAUUCCGCCCGCGCUUCACCACAAGAUCCCCUCUUCCUCACCGA